UUACGUACUGUCAGUGAAGUUAAUCACACGCAAAUCACAAUACAAUAGUCAUUACGUACAAAAGCAAAAAUUAUAGUGUAAUGAUCUUACAACUGUAAAGAUGUUUUGGUACCCAUGGUCCGAAAGUAUUAAAAAAAGAGCCUGUCGAUAUCUUCUCCAGCGUUAUCUUGGAAACUUCUUGGAGGAAAAGCUAACUUUAGAUCAGCUGAGUGUGGAUUUAUACAAUGGAACAGGAACCGUAUCUGAAGUCAGCCUCGACUGCGAGGCGCUUAAUGAGCUUGGUGAUUCACAAAAUUGGCCAUUGGAAAUAGUUGAUGGUCAUAUGCAAGGAAUAACUGUAACAGUGCCCUGGUCAACAUUACUAAAAGAUGAUUCAGUUGUUGAAAUUAAUGGCCUCUCACUCACUGUCCAGCCUAAAGUUCGAGUUGAACCAGUGUCCUCUAUGUUGGAAUCAAUGUGGUCUUCAAUGUCAUCAUCAAUGCAACUGGCUGCAGAGUGCCUCAGAGAGGAAACUGGCCCACAAGAAACCAAUCCUGUGGAGGGCAUUGAAAUGUUUGCACAUGCCAUUGAUUCAAUUCUCAGCAGGGUGAAAGUGAAAUUUGUUAAUACUAAAAUCAGGAUUGAACAUGUGCCAAAAAACAGUAACAGAGGUAUUGCCCUGGAGAUACAUAUUAAAAACACAGAUUAUUAUGAUGAAGCUGGCUCCGAGUCAGUACCAGAAACAUCUGAAACUGAGAAAAACAAAACAUAUGUUGUUGCAACAUUUUCAAAUAAAAAAAUACAAUUUUCUGGUGUUACAUUUUACAUAGAUGAGUUUCCAUCAAAGUUACGUACAAUGGCACCUAGUUUGAUCAUGGAAAAGUCUGCAUCAACUCAAGCUGAUCGAUCAGAAACCACUUCAGAAGCAGAUCCUAACUACCAAAGCACACUCUCUGAUGUUUUCUAUGAAGCGAGAAGCGUUAUAUCUACUAUAGACUCAGACCCCAUAAGAGAUAUAGUAGAAGAAAGAAGAGAUACUAGAGAAACCACUCCAGAAACUAAAUCAAAUCAACCGGAUCCUAUACUAUUUGCAAAAUUAACUGGACCUCAGGAGUUGAUGCUAAAACUUAAGCAUUCGGAAGAAAUUGAAGGUCCAAAAGUGGAGGUCAAAGUUCUUUUGGGGUCAUUUCUGAUAUUUUUAACUCCAAGGCAAUUGCAUACAUUGCUUGAAUUGUGUGAUGCAUUAAAUCAGCCAGACUUGGAAGAUACAAGUAACAUACCCAUGCGUCCAAGUGGAGUUAAUGUGCAAUGUAAGCCGAUGAAGCCAGCCGACUUUCAAUUAAUUGAAGCACAGUUACUUGGCAACCUGGAGAAGAGAGCUAAACCCACAGCAUUACAUGGUUGGUCGGGACCUAGUGUCGAGGAUAGUGACAGUGAGAAGUUCCACCCGAUGAUGUCUGACGCUCAAAUGUCAGAGAGCUUCAACUCUUCUGUCAGCUCCAUGAGCGCUAGUAUGACGUCCAGUCUUAACAUCCCAAGUGCACAGCCAAGGAUUAAAAGGAACAAGAAAGUUCCGCAUAUCGAUGGCGACCCAACAGCUGAAGUAUCACACGUCAGUCUCAGAAUAGCUUCGAUUUCUUGUGUUCUGCUUCAUAAGGACAUAUUAACACCAACGCCAUUGGGCGAUAGUUGUGUAUCGCCAGCGUCAGCCGCAAUAUUACACCAAGUCAGCAACGAAUUCUUCGCGCGUAUCGAAACAUUCGCAAGAAUUGAGGACAGAGAACUAAACGCUAUCAAUAAUUCCUUGGAUAAAGCAACUGAAUUGAAUCAUCUAAGGUUAUUAGCAUCAGAAAUAAGCUUAGACGGCAGUGAAAAGGUGACGUCACAUGGAAGUCAGACAAUGUGCGAGGCCUCCAUUAGGAGUGUACUCGUAAGAGAAUGUCUGUAUGUACAAAGACAGGACGAGAGCGUUCAUAGGCAGACUUAUGAUAUCAUAUAUUUUGAUAAAGGAGAAGAAGAUCCUGCAAUGGCAUCUCCAAAAUCAAAUGUUAGAGUUAAUUUCAAGCAAACAUCAAAAUUUAUGCGAAUUGGUGGAGAACAGAAAUUGGUAUAUCCCACUACAGAUGUCGUUGUGAAAUGUAAUCCAUUCCACGUGGACAUAGAAUUGACGCUCUUAGAGCGUAUGUCUGGAACGUUUUUCAAUAAAACGACUAACAGUGUACCUGCGCCGGCGCAGCCCCAAAACCAUUUCAACUUUACGCUACAUUGUCCUACAUUGAAUCUUAUCCUAAGGUUCCCAAUAGCAGAUCUUCGACCAAAUAUUAAUCAUGAAACUCGACGUGUGCGCAACGAUUACCUUGUGUUUAAAUGCCAAAACACAACUUUAACGAGUCAACAAGUGCCAAGCGUACGACCACUACCUACCACUAUUUCGAUAAAGACCACUGCAUUGGAUCUGUACUACCACGAAAAUGACAGUUUACCUCCAACUCAUGUUGCUCAAAGUACUAUGGACGAUGCUUCAUUUGGAGAUAUACUUAGAGGCAAUUCAACCACACCUCUACCUAUGAUAUCAAUAACAUUUCAACCGCGCGAGGCAAAUAAAAGUCAGUUUGACUCAUUAGUGGAAGAAUUUAGUUUUGACAAGACAUCAAACCCCAUGACGACUUCUAUGUAUAUUAUGAACAAUCUCCGCAACGCAUUACCUAGCCCUUUUAGUGGAAAGAAAAUGGCUCAUCAAGGGAUUAGCAAGCGUGACACUCAAUCAAAAGAUCAAGAAGAAGAGCUAAUAGUUCCGGGUACGGACGAAGAAAUGACUGAAUUCACAAAUAGCUCUGUCGAAAACUCAGCUAUACAUCUCGAUUUCAACCUGCCCAUACUCAGUUUGCAGUUGGAGUCAAAACAACUAUACGAAAUAAUUUAUAACCGUAUAAACUCUGACCUUCUCCUCUGGGAGCCGCGAGUAUCCGACUGCGAUAUCGCUCCGCAUAUGGCUGGUCCUAUACAUCCGACUUUUGGAGUUUGUAAGGGAUAUGAUUCUGAUUCGGAAAGUACUUCAUCCGAAGAAGAGAACUUGUACUAUUCGACAUACGAUCACAAGGCGAGGAAAAAUGUUGAAAAACCCGUGUCGGAAAACAAAGAGAGCGAUACCCACAAUUUCUGUCUCACUCUCAAAGUGGGAAAAGGCUUGCUUAGUAUUUAUGCGCCAGUCAGGGAUAGCAACAAGCAAGUGGUUCCCGGUCAAAUGGGUGAAUUAGUAUUGGAAGCGCAAAAACUGUCCAUGUGCCAGGUCAGCGGUUUAAACGGCCGUGCUAAGACGGCCCAACUUUGUUUGAGGGGAGGGAAAAUGGCAUUGUACCACGAACCUAUUCUAACAAUACCAUCAGAAAAACCUAACCUCCGGUUAUUCGGCACGGCUAUACCGUGUCACCUUAAGAAAACCAUAUAUCCAUCAAAUAAAGGCGUAUUUAUAAAGGACCGGAUUGAACCCAGGGAUAUGUUCACAAUGGCUUUGAAGACUGAACCUGACAGUGACACACCUGGCCUUAAGACAAUCUGCAUUGCCCUUGGCAUAGAGCAGGCGACAUUACGCCACAGAGGAGACAAGGGCAUCGCGUGGCUGACUCAAUUUAUGGACGUGCUGGAUGUUCUUGACUACCCUGUGCCCGGAUACAUCCCUUCCACUGUACUCUCGGAAUUGCAUGUGCACGUUUGGGACUGUGCUGUGGACUAUAGACCCCUAUAUCUACCAAUACGUACAGUCGUGACGUUAGGCAACUUCAGUGUGUCGAGCAAUAUCAUACCAGAGACCAAUACUUCAUAUUUACGGUUCUUAGCGCAGGAGUGUACACUUUUCCUCGCGUAUAUAUCGAAUGCCAAGCCAAACGCAACAGUACCGCAAGAUGACGACAAACAUCCAGACAUAUAUAGGGAUUAUGUUUGUGUGCUGGAUGUGGGACUGUUCGAACUGUCCUUAAGGAUGGAGGAUAAAGGGACAGGAGGGGUUAACGACCAACCCCAAGUGGACCUAACGGCAUCAAAUAAUAUGGUGAACCUAUACACCUGUUGGGAUUCCGCGUCAGCCCUCUGCCGUCUCCUUACGUAUGUGGCCUCUGAUGGCGACGCUCUUCCACCGUUCGAACAUUCAAGACAUACUAGCAUAUGUUCCGAUCAGCCGUUGGAACCCCUUGUUGGAUUAGAAGACAGGCCAGAAGAAAUCAGAGAACUCUCGCCAAGUGAAAUACAGCAGGUUAAUGAUCUCAUGGCUGAAGCUUUAAAAGAGAGCCCGAACAACACAAUUGAAGAAGAUGAACUUGUCAGUUCUACUGAAAAAGAAGGAGUUGAAAUAUUUUUCUUCCCCGACGAGUCAAAUGUCAAAGCAAAAGAUCUAGAAAUAGAUACAGAAUAUAAUCUGGAAGAGGAAUGUAAAAGCAUAGAUAUUAUAGAGCAAGCACAGGAAGCCAAACCCAACGCUCAAGUGGCUAAAGACCUGGGUGAUCCUACGACACCUAAAGCCUCACCCAGGAAAUGUAAGCGGAAGAAGUUAAAAUCUGGUGGUGACGGAAGUAACACAGAUGACGAAUACUGUAUCGUUGAAACGUCAUACGCGCAAGACAAUGAAAUGGAUGAGCCAGUAGUGAAUUGGAUUGGACCGGGACCUGUGCAUAUGGUCGAUAACCAUUUCACUGUACCAGCUGCUAGGUCAGAUGUACUUAAGGCGCCUAAGAGUUUCCCGCUUCCUGUUUUAAGGUAUACAUUAUGUGAAAUGAGUAUAACGUGGAAUAUGUUCGGCGGCAACGACUUCCGUCCGACGAGUGACAUUCCGAAGAAAUCUGUUAGCAUCGAUAUAGAUCCUAGAAAGAGUUCUCCAACCAAUACUAAACGCAAUAAAGACUACGAGCCGUACGAAAAGGGGCGUGCUCUAGCAGCCGCGUACAGAACGGGCGGAGUCAGUUGGUCCGCGGGCAGCGAACGCGUACGUGCGCCUGCGCCACCAGUUAAACAUGACAUACGUGCACGUGGCGGGAAGCACAGAGACCACCAUACUUGUGUUAAGUUGUGUCUUGCUAAGGUGAAAUUCCAACACGAAGUGUACCCUACAGGAGGUACCCAGGCCUCUCGCCAGACUUUAGCCAUCAGCAAAAUUGAAGUCCUAGACCGACUUGUCGGCAGUGACAUCAACAAACUCCUCAGCCAAUACAAGCUGAAAGAUGAACCGGAGAGAAAAAAUGCUAAUAUGCUUAUAGUAAAGGCAGUGCAUUUACGCGGGGACACAGCGCUGCCUGCGCAAGAGUGCUGUCUGAAGGUGUCUUUACUACCGUUGAGGUUUAACUUGGAUCAAGACACGCUUGCAUUUCUUGUUGGAUUUUUCUCUAAACUGGGUACGGAUGAAGGCAAUGAUGAAGAUACGAAGAGUGUAGGCGGUCUCUCAACCGACUCGAGCGGGUCUCGUCAAACUACUCCCACUCACAGGCCUCCUGUCAUGAGUGUCGGGAGUCAUUUGAGGGAUCCCCCUCCUACGCCUACUUCUUUGGGUGACGCCGACUGCCUUUCGCUCAAUGAGACCGUAAUCCGUGAUGAUGAACCACUAAUGGAGACGUAUGAGGCUGAGCGUCUCGUAUCCGAAAACUUGAUUCAGUUAGAGGAAGACUUCCAGAGACUGGCGGUUAACCAGGAGAAGAUAACUGUGAAACCGCCCGAUGCAGAACCUGUCGAUGACUCCCCUAUAUACUUUAGGCGUGUCGUAUUUUCUCCGGAAGUGCCGAUACGUCUGGAUUACGUGGGAAAGAGAGUCGACCUAUCUGCGGGUCCCGUGGCUGGACUAUUAAUGGGGCUGGGACAACUCAACUGUUCCGAACUCACGCUUAAAAGACUGGAUUAUAAACUAGGACUCUUGGGCUUAGAAAAGCUGGUCCAGUGGGCUUUGCAUGAAUGGCUGUCAGACAUCAAGCGGCAUCAGCUCCCCGGACUUCUCAGCGGGAUUGGGCCCAUGCAUUCCCUGUUACAAAUUAUAACGGGUAUACGUGACCUGGUGUGGCUGCCAGUGGAGCAAUGGCGAAGAGACGGUCGCUUAGUUCACGGCUUAAGGCGUGGAGCGGCCUCUUUCACCGCUCGUACUGCUGUCGCCGCGUUAGACAUUACUGCAAGGAUAUUGCAUCUCAUACAGGCAACGGCAGAAACAGCAUUUGACAUGUUGACACCGGCGCCUGCGCUGACAAUGGGAUACGAGAGGCGUGAAAGACGCCGCAGACGUGACCCCGCAAGACAGCCCACUGAUAUAAGGGAGGGGGUAACGAGCGCAUAUCAUACUGUCAGAGAUGGUUUCGCGGAGACGGCAGCAAAUAUAACAAUGGCAGCCCGGCGUGGGCGUGGCACGGGCGUAUUGCGUCAGUUGCCGGGUGCGGCUGUCGCGCCUUUAGCUCUCGCGGCCGCCGGUGCAGCGGACCUUCUGGGCGGGGUCAGAGCCGCCUUGGCCCCGGAGCUGUGCAGGGACCACGCUGAUAAGUGGCGGAGGACAGACCAUGACGAUCCAACAGAUUAAACCUGAUUGAUCUCCAGAUUCCAAACGGUGAAGGAAAUAAAAAUUAUAUAACUCGAGCCUAAUUUCAUAUGUAGUGAUUUUUAUAUAUUUACUGAACAAAUUGUGUAACAAUUGUUUUGAAUUUGCCCCAAAUAUUACUAGCAGGG